AUAGAUCUUGCGUCACGCAUUAGCUCGGGGCUAGCUAGCUAGUAGAGCACGGUCCAAUAUGGAGAGGGAAAGUGAAGCAAUGGCUGCAGUGUUUCCCACGGGAUGGCUGCUGCUCGAGAUACGUACGCACAUUCCCACUAUCCUUAGUAACUGCGGUGCGACGGUACCGGUAGCUAGUUCAAUAAAAGAUAUUGCGGUACAGUAUGGAAGGGCAGGUCUUUGAUUUCAAUGAUCAAGCUGCUCUUAACGUCCAAUGCAAUGAUACCUGCAAAUGUCUCUUUGAGGAUUUUGUCAAUAUCAUCAAGAAUGAUCCUUUCCUGGAAACAACGGUAGACGACUUGUGCUGGGAAGAGUAUGAAGUGACCUGGCUGGCAGAAUAUGGAUGUGCCGUCUUGGUACAAGAGAUUGAUUGCAUGACCAACAGCAUCCUCGUGGUCGGCCUGGAUGGAUGGAAGACUCGAAUCCAUGCGUCGGUCCCUGCUGGACGUCAAGUCACGGCAGUUCCUGACUUGGCCAAUCCUGCCAUUAUGGAAGUGGGCAGUAUCCCAGCAGAUGGAGUAUCUGAUCAAGUUCUCCAAGCAUUGAAGGACAAACUCAAGUCGACACAGCGUGAACGCUCCAGACAGAAGAACCACAAGACACCUUCCUUUGUGUGGUCCAAAAUUAUAGAUGUUCUGGUAGAAGAAAAUCAUAUCUCGCAAAUGGAUCGAGAGGUCAUGCAAGAAUGCUACCAGGGAGGUACCACGGAUGUAGGAAAACACACAGAUUGCUUGGCUAGAAACACUUCCUUUCCACUGGUGGCAUCAGUCUAUGCCGCCAUGCUCACCCUUCAGGGCCACGACAAGCACUGUUUCUAUCAAGCACUGUCCGUAUACUACUUGCAUCAUUUGAAGAACAUCACACACAAAAUCACAACCUUUGAUCGACGCAAAAUUGACCGUGGUAUCACCGUCAUUCGAGAAAUCAAGGAAUGUUUAUCCUCCGUCAACAGUGACGAAUUCUAUGACAAUGUAGUGGAUCAAGUGGAAGUGUGCUAUAAACAGUUCACUGCCCUAAAGCCCCAUGUGGAUCCAGUCAUCACCAACUUGCCAGAGGAUCUUUCCAUUGCACUUGGGAAUGAUGCAUGUCAACGUACGCCUUUCCCGCAUGGGAACGAACGGACGGAACCCGAAAGUGGGUUCAUCGAGCUUUAUUUACGUUCUGUCCGUGCUCGGGAACGUGCCAAACAAAGCUUAGAGUGGUCAGAAGUUGAUCAUUAUUCUUUUGGUAGUACCAACGAUACCCAGCAAGACUGGUCUGGUCUAGGAUGGAUGAGCCCCACAUUUUGGCAAUUCGCUCGAGAUUUGAACAAUCCAAAGGCACAUGAGACUGUAAAGAAUCUUGGCAAUUGGUUGAAUGCCUACGACCAUGCGAUCAGUGCCGUGAUGGUUGCAUCCAAGGAUUGCCGUCAUACCAUGGCAGUCGAGUUGAGGAGCUUGGGGAUGCUGACUACGUGGAUUGUUUAUUGCUGGGCGCAUCGAAUAGCAACGGAACGAUAUCCAGUGCUCCUCAAGUACUCUGCGGCCCUGGACCCAAAGGAUCUUUCUCAUUUGGUGUUGAGAGAAAAAGAAGCCAUUGACGCUUCGAAACAAGUUAGAAUUUUCCUUGAGAACCACAGGAAGAGCGACAAAUACCCGUUCCGCAAUCGGGAAGACACACUAAAUCUUGCCCUGGCUGUUGGAAUGGCAUCGGAAGAGCUGCAGCAAAAAUACCGUGAGGAGCAUGCUUCUGCUACGCUUCAAAUUGUCAGUCGCUACAACCGCAUAAUGUGCUCACAAGCUCAACUCCGGACUCUCGACUCUCAGCUGAAUGUUUCGAAAGAAAUCCUCAGACGGGCAAGAAAAGCCCAGGCCGUUUCCGAACACCGAGAUUGUUACUACGAUGAAGACCAUUGGGGUCACCAACGAAAGCGCUACACCCGCGAGUACUACGACUGUCAACGCGCGACGGAGGCUGCAGAACGAAAGGUGACUGACUUGCAACAGCAGAUUCGCGUGUUGGAAGAAAAACCUCCAGAUCUGUUCCUUUGUCUACCACGGAGCUAUGACAAAGCCUUGCAAUGGUUGUUUUUCUUGUACAUGCCACGAGAAUUCGGCGACCUAGUCUCUCUGGUACAUCGUGGCGCAGCAAAACUCUGGGCCAAGUUACCAGCUCCUGACCAAGAUGGGGACGCGGAUCUGUUUGAAUGGUUUGUAGAACACAAAUGCGAGUUGGAAGAUCCUGUCUCCCCCGAGACGAUGGUGUUGGACACUUCGUCAGUAAUGGAGACUUCGCCCUUAGUCCGAGGAAUCGGCAUUCGAGGUUUUGAAAAGGAAACUGGAGUGUUUUUUCCGGACGUAUACGGCAUUGUACCACGUUGGAAAGAUGCAGAUCCGUUUGCGAGCGACCGCAGCUCUGCUGAUACAGUACGGUUGUUUACAGAGACAUUGCCGAAAGAGGAGGGCUGUGGUCUUCAACAGUAUCUGGCCAUGUCGCCCAGCUCAACAAGAGGCAAUCAAGGGAUUGCUUCCAAGAAUCGCAAACCAGAUUGGCUCACGCAUGAAGCGUUCAUGAUGUUUACUUCAUUACGCGCUUUCCCAAACUUGCAAAUUCGACACUUACUUGUCGCCAUGGUCGACAACCUGCUCCCUUUUGAGAAGACCUGCGUCCACGUAAUUGUACGUCAGCUACUGUUCCAUGUGGGCGAAGAAAAGUGGAAGACGGACUUGGAAUCUCCUGGCGUUCUUGAGCGGAUCGCUGAGCAGUUGAACCGACAUGCAGACCUCCUGCAAGAGUCUCCCAACAAUGCAGAUAGAUUACUCCUGUUUGGGACUGUCAGCUCCUUUUUCGGGCAAUAUCAUGAAGGCUGUUUAGAAUGCUCGCGAAGGUACACCGACAUCUGUCGUUCGCUUGCCGACGGAAUGGAACAGGAGCUGCGGAGUUACGACAAGGCACCACCGAGCCUCUACUGGAAGCAGGCCAAGUUGUAUGCAUGCGCUGUUCUGUGUCACUCGCUUGCUGACGCAUCGCAGUCAUCGUUGCUGCACAUGGCAGAGUUGAUCUUCCUGUUCCGACAGAAGAAGCAGUUUGCUGGGAAGGUUUCUGGUAGCUCGGAGCUGGAUAAUCCUGUACAGUACCUGAUGGGCAAAAAGAUUCGUCCCAUCAUCUCUGCGAUUGAGAAGAAGCUGGACAGACUUUCAAAAUGCCUGGGGUUGAUUGUCGAUGACGUUUCGUCUGAUCUGGCCUGGACCGCAGUAUCAUACGAAGACGUAGCAUCCACAGCCUGCUUUGAAUCCAACGACGGCAAACACCAUUACUCCAUCAACGUGCUCAAUGGAAGGGUGCUUGUGGAUGGCGUUCCACCAGGUUUUCUACCUUCCUCUGUUUUGAUAGAUCCACUCUACCAAAGAACCUUCGGUCGACGGAAUUUUGAAUGCAUAGUGGUUGGCGAGUCACACUUUCGAAGUUCCAAGCUUGUCGAUGGGCGGUGCCGAUACGACUUCAAGGUUCAAGGCGACAGCGUUUGUAUCACAGAAUAUGAGAAGUCUAGGCAUGAUCGUAGGCUAGAGAAACCCAGCAACCGAGGAUCGAUGUGCGGCAGAGAAGACAGCAUCCCUUGCGUCGGGCGGAGCGACGAUUCAAUCGAUUCCGGCGACUCACCCCAAGAGAGUACGGAGUCAACAUUCCAGUUGCGGCUUGUACCCAGGGAGAGUUUCAGCUUGCCAGCACUAUUGUUGGAACCGUAUAGCCACUGGUACUCACAGUCUCUGGACGCUGCGUUUGUUCGGGGAGCUUCGUACACCAACAGAGAUAUCCACUACGUGAUCACACGAGAAGCCAUUUACCGCGUGAGGGACGAUGAUGUCAGCUUGUCUGCCACAUCAAUCUUCGAGAACAUUGGCGCCUACGAAACACUGGUCGAGCCCAGUCGUCUUCUAGCCCUACGUAUCUUGAGUCGCAUCGAAAAAGCUGAGUACGUUCUGGCGUGGAGAAGUACAGAUUGUCAGAACAUUGUCUUCCAGCUACCACGUCUUGAACUGGAGUUUUGCCAAAGAGACAGUGGCAUUGCCUCGGUCAACUUCAAGGGAUUUGAGAUGCGAAGGAGACAAGCAUUGGAUUGUUGCUUGCCCGGAAUUAGAUCUUUCCUUGUUCUGGUUGACCGUCACGGAAACGAGAAAGUCCUGAUUCCGGCUGGAGAGGUUGAGCUUCAUGGAAACAUUCACGUUCCUAAAGGAUGGGUUGUCAAACGGCAGUGCCAUAUUUUUGACGUGCACCGGAGAUUUGGUCACCUCAUCGCCACAGAUAUUCUUGCGAGGCUGCAAAUUGCGGCGGUAUACGCAGCUACAGGAUACAGCGUGGCAGACAUUCAGUCCAAGCAGACAGGAGAGGAAAUCGCGAUGGAUCUUGUUAGACAAUGCUGGACAAACGAAAUGCUACCUGAACCAGUCAAAGCAAAGCUUCAGGAAGUGUCGCAGUUAAGCACGUUGUCUUGUUCAUUGCACCUUAUGUGUGCUUGGAUAUGGAAGUGCUCUGAGAGACUGAGUUUCCUACGGGAGGGUUGGACCCCUCCCGAAGACCAGACUUCCGAAUUCUUACUCGAGCUAGACCCCCUUGCGGUGCGCGAGUAUCGCCAGGACGGAUACCACUCACGACUCCUGCCGUCCGAGGAACGCUUCCUUCUUGGGAGCCGACAGAAGCCUGCAUUUGAUUUGGAUGUAAUGGCUCCAUCAACACCAACAGAUGAAAAGUUUGUCGAUGAGGUGGAAAAAGAGCUGGCAGCAACACUGUUGGUCAAGACACCUUCGACAAAGACGAAAGCAAGGUUUCCCCUCAACUUUAGAAAGGGGAAACCGAAUAGUUUGGAAAGCCACAUUCACUUGGAUUUGAAAUCAAGUUGGAAUGACUUGAAAUCCCUUUCAACAACCACGGUCGCCCGAGACAAAGAUUUCUGUGUUGAGAAGCUACAAUUAGUUUCCAAGCGACGCGUGAAUGCAGAAACAUCGAUCUUGACAGCUCUAUCGAAGUGCAGUUCCUCGAAGUUCCGUCUGUGCGUGAUGUCGGGUUCAGUCAGAAGUUCAAGCAAUCUAGAUAUCCCACGGAUUGCUCUUGCUGAGUCUUCUUUCCAACAAGUAAAUCCUUUCAUCACCGCCAAAGAUCGCAUGGAUCUGAGAGUAAAGGCUGUUGAAUGGAUGCUUCUUUGCGUUCUGGAAGACAAACUCUGCAGACUCACGGAGACAUCAAAUGACCACACGGUGCUAGAAGAAGUCGCAGCAGUGCGCAACUGGAAUCCGUGGAGCCACAUACGAUGGCUUGUAUUUGAAGUUGAUAGAAGGAUACAGAUUAGGCCUUACCAAUACUCUGUUGUGCGGCAACUGCUUGAGAACCCUUGUUCCAUGACGCAGCUCAACAUGGGUUUGGGGAAAACGAGUGUUCUGGUUCCCAUGCUCAUACUUGAGCUUUCCAGGCGAAAGGAGUGUGUUGUCCGCAUCAACAUGCUUUCGUCCGUCAUUGAUGUCAUGAAGGAAAGCUACAGGCUAAGCUUGACAGCUUCGAUUCAACAUGUCAAAAUAUUCUCUUUGCCAUUUCAACGGAAUUUCGACCUCGCUCCUGCUUCCGAAAAGAUGAUCUCGGAAGAGAUUCUUCGUGUGAAGGAAUCUGGAGGGUGUCUGCUGGUGACGCCCCAGCAACGAAAUUCUCUUCUCCUGAAGCAAUAUGAUUCGAAUACCACAGUGAGAGGCCUCGAAAAUCCAUUCGUUGAUGUGAUUGAUGAGAGCGACGCUAUCUUGCACCAGUCUUUUCAGUUAGUGUAUGCACUUGGAGAUCAAGAACCAUUGGUCGAUGGCCAGGCACGCUGGACGGUGGCAGAGACAUUCCUUCAAAUACUAGCAGGAAGCAAUUGUCAGGAGAUAUCGCGGGUUCGGCAAGACCCCACCUUGAUGCACUCGGAACCUUCGGAAAAUGGUGAAUUUCCCAGACUUCGUUUACUGCAAAAAUUCAAAGAACAACAGAAAGCUCUUGGCAGGGCAUUGUGUAGAGAACUCCUCUCGAAUCCGCCCCACUUGUUUCUAUGGAUGAAGCAGGUAGUUGGUGCUAAGAGAGAUGAGUUGGUUGCGCUGAUGACAAACGCAAACAUCUCGGCCUUGGGGCUAAUUGAAUCAGAUCCCCUGUUCCGAAAGUACAAGACGGACAUCAUUGCCGCGCGCGGUUGUAUAGCCUACGGAUUGCUUUUCCAUUGCCUGAAAGCAAGGCACAGAGUCAACUUUGGGGUUGACGGCCAACGCAAAAAGAUGGCUGUUCCGUUUUCCGCAAGCGACACUCCCAAAGCCCGUGCUGACUACAGCCACCCCGAUGUCGCAAUUAUUUAUACCUGCCUUUCCUAUUUCUCUGCGGGUCUAUCUCUCCAGCAACUGAGAGAUGCUUUGAAUCGGCUAAAGAAUCUGGGACCAACUGCCCAAGAAACAAUUUACAGGUCAUGGAUUGAAGACUUAGCCAGUAAGCAGAGCUCCACAAAUGCCACAGACAUUGCCAGAUUUGACUCGCACUUGAAAGUGGACACAGAAAACACAGCCCAAAUUGACCUUAUGUACUCGUACUUGGGUCGCUCCAUGAAAGUCGUUUCAUUCUGGAUGAACAACUUUGUGUUUCCAGCUGAAACACACGUGUUUCCUGGGCGCAGAGUCACUUCAGCUUGGGACUUGGUCAGCAAAGGCAACUCCAUUGGGUUUUCUGGCACUGAUGAUAAUCGUCUCUUGCUGCCACGAUACGUGCAACAGAGAAAGCAGGCCGUUGCUGAAUUGCGAGCUACUAAUGCUAAGAUGAUUGACUGCAUCUUGCAACGGACGCGUUCUGUGCAAGUAAUUUUGGGCGACGACAACCUAGAGGAGUGGAAGUCGGUGCUACACAAAUGUAUGGAGCUGGGUACACAGGCAUUACUUGAUGUUGGAGGGUUGAUGGCCGGGGUCACAAAUGGAGACGCCGCAACCUUCUUGGCAAAAAUUCUUGAUCCUGCCGAGUUCAGAGGGGUGGUAUUUUUUAACCGAAAGUUUCAGUGCUGGUGUGUUCUUGAGCUCAAGACGGGUACAAACCGUUCUUUGCAGACAUCUUCGGUUCAGGCAUCAGAGUGCUUUGCCUUUUAUGAUGAGAGCAGAUGCCGUGGACACGAUUUGAAGCUGAGGCUGGACACAUGCGCUCUCGUUACACUGGAGCCACGCCUUACCAAGGACAGGUUUCUUCAAGGGUGUGCGCGGCUACGGCAGUUGCAGAAUGGACAGUCUCUCAUCUUGGCAGGCACAACAGAAACGUUGUCAGAUACCAGCACAGCGAAAGAUGUGCUCGAAAUGAUAAUCGAGAACACAGCAUCUCAGAUUCAGAAGGGGGUGAUUGAGCUGUUUGAACGAGGCACGAAUCAUUUUCAGUUUCCCAAACAGCAGCAUGUUGACGUGUCCCUGGAGACGUUGUAUGCUGGUGAAAAGUCGAAGUACGGUAGCAUGUCAGAGUACCUUGAUGCGACAGUUGAGGUUGAAGGUUGCAAACUAGAAAGGGAAGAAGUCGAUCUAAUCCAGCAUUGCCGAAAACUCGGGGCAGGGAUCACUGUCGAGGCGUCACAACUUUCAGAAGAAUGUGAGCGGGAGCUUGAGAACGAGGAAGAAGCAGAAGAGGAAGAAGAGGUGGACCGAUUGAUCGCCAUACCUUUUGCUGAGCGUGACUGGAAUUUUGAUAAUGCCUUUCCACGAGCUCAAUGGAUGACCGCGCCUAUCUUUAGAGUGAGGGACGUUAUUGCAGAUUUGCUGGGACCGCCGAUGAGCAACGUAAUCUGGAGUGACAAACUGCGCUGCACUGCAAAUUGGCGCCACACAAUAGAAACAUUGGGCAAGGGACGCUUCUUUCUUCGACCUGUCAAUGCCUUUUUGGCACUCUGCGAUGGUUCCAUUUUACUGAUAUCAGACUACGAAGCUGACAAGCUCUUGCCGUAUUGGUGGGAGCAUCGGGGUUUGAAUUGCGAAGUGAAACUAUGUCACCUUCCUCUGGUUGUGUCCAAGAUCAGUCUAGGAUGUGAUGAGGUCACGCUAUCCACGGAAGUUCGAACAGCUGCAAAGCUCUUUCGUGGUUACGUUAACUACGAUGCAGAAGAGAAGAAAGCAUUGAAAUCUAUGUUUGUGAAAGCUGAAGUACGAGCGACCGUACUUGAGUUGCUGCAGCUACGACACAGGUUGAGGUUCCUGGAACGCAGCGAUCUGGAUGUGCUCUCACUGGCCAUCGAUGAAGCCGCCAACGUUGGGCAGAUGGGUUCGCCGUCGUGUUCUAUAGCUUCGACCCAACCGUUUGUUCUGCCCAAGAAGACGGUGCCCAAGAAAAGAGUGACCAUUCGAGCUGGUUUGGGACCCCAAGCUCACCCGUUCGCCGUGACAAUGGUGCAGGAUGGCGUGAGCACAGUUGCCAUGCAUUCGAUAUCAGCAAUGGCUGAGUUCGAAUCGAAGUCGUUUGAAGAACUUCGCUUUGAGCAAUACCAACCCAGGCAACUAGCAGCACACUUUGUAUUCCCAACAUCCCCCGUGUUGAAUCUUCUUGGCAAACCACAGACGACAACUGCAUUUGAGUCUCCAAAGUGUGUGUUCAGAGCUUCAGCUUCCACACAAUCUUCAUUGUCGGCAACAUCGACCAAGAAUAUGUUGAGCCAGUCAGCUCCAUUCGUUUUUGGAAAGGCAGGAUUGGACUCGCGUCCUCUCACCGAGCAUGCUGGGAGUAUGACUGAGAUCAAUGAGACUGAGGUGAACUUUGGUCUAGGGACUGCUCCAAAGAAGAAUUCAAGCGGAGAAGGCAAUCGAGCUCGAAAGGCAGUUCGUUUUCUCGAACCAAAGCGUUGUACCACUGGGGACAAGGAACGUUUUGUUUUUGGGCAAACAGAGCGGGAGGCUUCAGCCAGCGAAAGUGAUGGCGCUAAACGCCGUGGUGUGUAGAUCAAAAUGUUGUGGAGGGAGAUGGAUUUUGGAUUUUGCUGGGUGCAGGGAGAUAGUAGCUGAACUCUUGAUGCUAAGAAUCUUUGUCCCUGACUUCCAAUCGAUUUGUAGAAAGGUGGAAGAUAGUUAGACUCUUGUUUUCAUAGCUGCUUGCUUGCCCGCCGUCGGGGUCUCUUUUCCCAAUGCCGGCCUGGCUACCGGUACCGAUUAACGGAGAGUUAGGCACCACUACCAAGCUAUGGACUAUUGCACGU